AUGCCCUCAAACCUAGUUCCUAACCUGGAGUUCAACAGUUACCGUGAUCAUCCUGGUUCAGAGCUUGAGAGUACUGGAACUGGCGUAGCUGGGGACUCUGGCUACGGUACUCUUUCACAACCCGCAACGCAAUCCAUUGCAAGCAUGGAACCUGCAGAGUACAAUCAAGAUGUUCCAGCAAGCAUCGACUUCCGUUUGACUGAGUUCAAUUUUGCGCCUGGAUCCAUUCGUCCUACGAAUCAUUUCCGAGCUGAAAAAACCGAUCGUACUAAGCCUACCAAAGCCAGGAAUCUCAAUCUCAAAGCUCUUACAUGUCCACAGUGCGGCGACGUAGCCAAGUGUAAAUCCGAGAUGAAGAAGCAUCACCUCAAGCAUGUCAAACCAUAUAAAUGUGACAUCAGAAACUGUCGAAGGGGUACGAGAGGGUUCACCACAAUCAACGACCUGAACCGGCACAAAAAAAGCGUACACAACAUCACCGUGGGCGCUGCCACGAAGUCAUACCAGUGUGCGUCUGAGCAUUGUAGAAAUAGGGGGAAGAUAUGGCCGCGGCUGGACAACUUCAAGCAGCACAUACAUCGAAUGCAUAAGGAUGAGAACGUUGAGGAUCUGAUCAGACGAUCUUUAUGUCAUGAGAGCCAACGCUCGGACUCUCCAACUCCUCAACCCUUGUCAGUAGCACCUAUGGAUACGACACUUGCCGGCAUUGGUUUCGAGAGCUUCUCAAUGCCGUCAUACACUGCUUCUGGAGCCGCAAGCCUUACGUCCGAUCAAACUCCACAGCAUUGGGGCGAUCUAGAUGUUAGUCAUGACUUCGAAAUUGAUGAUAAUCACCCAUCCACAAAUCACGAGUACUAUACCUCAUCUUCUCAGCAUCCCGACCAAGGAAUGCCCUCUGGUUACAGGCAAUCUGACAAUGGCCAGUCUAAUCACAUGGAAGGAAACACCCCUAGUCCGUGGAGAAGUAGCUCAACAAGCACCAACCUAGGAGUGUUGGCUGACGUUGCCUGUAAUGCGCCUCCUCAGGUUUCUUCAGGUAGCCCAUCAGCAGGCAAACUUCCUCAGCGGCCCACAGCUCUAUCUGGAGAGCCUCAAACCAAGGCGGAGCAGCGAAAGAGAGCCGUUCUUGGCGAAGUCUCAAAAUACAUUGCUACGAAGAUUCCGGAAAAUACCGAAGGGAAAUCCCUGGAUAAAGCGGUCUGGCGUCUCCUCAGCCGUGCCACUGGUCUAGACAAAAAGGAUUCUCCCCUCUCUAUGAAUGAUUCCAAUAGCAAUCUCUCUGAUAACGAUCGAUCUUCAUCAUCAGACGAUUCGGCAGAAGGUAGCCUCGAAACUAUGUCGAAAGCCGACCUAGUGAAGGGCCUUGAAGCUUUGGCAAAGGCCAUCAAGCGAGACAAAGGUCAUAAGAACUUGGUUGGUCAACGACAAAGGCCUUUUUCUGGCAGUAAUGAGACUUGCCCGGAGUGCAACAAAACUCUGCCUCGUAGAUGUGAUCUCAAGAAACACAUGAAGCGACAUACUCGGCCAUACGGAUGCACUUUUCCGAAUUGUAAGAGAAGCUUCGGUUCCAAGAGCGAUUGGAAGCGCCACGAAAACUCCCAGCAUUUCCAACUCGAGACAUGGCGCUGCCAACAGUCUAAAGAGCAGUCCUGCUGCGCCGAGCUCUUCUACCGCCGCGAGGUGUUUGAAGAGCAUCUCAAGGAGAAACAUACCGUGAUCGGCGAAGAAGCCGCAAACGAAGUCAAGUCCUGUCGCAUCGGCCGUAACGGCCAGGGCCAGUUCUGGUGUGGAUUCUGUCAAAAGAUCAUUCCGUUACAGAACAAGCGUUCUGCAGCAUGGGAUGAACGGUUCAAUCACAUCGAUGAGCAUUUCAGAGACAAGAAGGACAUCACCACCUGGUUGUGUCUGGAGGCGAGGAAGACGAAGGAAGAAGUGAUGAAGGAGAUGGAUAAAAACUGCUUUGAUUACGAUGAUGAUGCCGGCGGGGAAGAUUGUCAGGACGAUGAUAGCCCUUCAGCCAGCCAGUCGAUAGCUAGUCAGCACCGAACUCCACCUGAUGGGUCUAACACAUCUCCGAUCUUGGUUGACGGAUCACCGGCGCGCUCUUCUAAUCCUCGUAAACGGCUUUUGAGCACCGAUCCAAUCUCGUCUUCAUCCUCCGCAAGACUCCCGGCAAAGAGGAAGGAAAUAGUUCGCUACUGCUGUCAAUGUACGCUAGGGCCAUAUUCUAGCAAGCUAUAUACCAGCUGUUUGGACUGUGAGCACGAAUUCUGUGGGGAUUGCUCCCGCAAGGUUGUCGCUUGCAAUUUGCUGGAGAGCAAUAUCGAAUUGAACAUUUUUGCUCAUGAGAAUUGA